UGGGCCUUCGUGGGACUUUUCCUUUCUCUAGCUGAUCUAGUGGAGCUGGAGCUGCGAGCUCUCCAUCGCCGACCUGCCCCCGACCUUUCGGCGAAACGUCGAGUGGGAUGUACGGCGCUUGGACGCCCGGAGUCUGGAGCCGCCGAGUCUGAGGACGCUGCUCUCUGGCGGACUGUGUCGCUUGCCAACCCUUCACCGCAACUCGCGCAACUGCCGGUUCCUGCUGCCCGUGACCUGCUUUGGGUCUGAGACAUGCAGCCCAUUCUGGACCUGCAGCCCACGUUCAACAUGCCCUCUUCGUCCUCCGUGACCGGCAAUCCUGAAUCUUAUCCCCUGAGCAACGUCAGCAUCACCCUGGAGAACAUGGAGCUGUGGAAGUGCUUCCACGACAUCGGGACAGAGAUGAUCAUCACCAAGCCAGGCAGGCGCAUGUUUCCUCACUGCAAGAUCUCCAUCGCUGGACUGCUGCCGUACGUCAAGUACAUCCUGAUGGUGGACAUGGUUCCUGUCGACUCCUUCAGAUACAAGUGGAACAAGGACAAGUGGGAAGUGGCGGGCAAAGCGGAGCCGCAGCCGCCCUGUCGCUCAUACCUGCACCCCGACUCUCCGGCCCUGGGCAGCCACUGGAUGAAGCAAACGGUGUCUUUCCUCAAGAUGAAGCUGACCAACAACACCUUGGAUCAGAAUGGCCAUCUCAUCCUGCACUCCAUGCAUCGGUACAACCCGCGCUUCCACGUCGUGCAGGCCGAUGACCUCUUCGCCAUGCGCUGGAGCGUCUUUCAGAUCUUCAGCUUCCCGGAAACGACGUUCACGGCUGUUACAGCCUACCAGAACACCAAGAUUACAAAGCUGAAGAUUGACCACAACCCCUUUGCCAAAGGCUUCCGAGAUGAUGGCACCAACACCAAAAGACGUGUACAGAGGAAUCAGGCCAAGGCGUCCAAGAAUACAGCCAACAGGGACUCGGAGAAUGGAAGUGAUUCAGGCCCCUACAACCAGUCUUUUGAGGACUGUGAGGAGGAAGAGAGCCCCCGAGGAGUGCCCAAGGAGAACACGGCGGUGAAGGAGGAGCGCUACUCUCCCUGGAGGUCCCAGCAGGAGUCCGCUCAGAACCCGAGCUCUGUGUCGCCCGUGGGCUCCGAGGGCCAGGCGCCGGUCUUCAGCAACGAGCAGCUGGUUCCCGUUCCCGCUUCCUACCAGUCCUACAGGUCCCAGGAGUUCGCCAAGACCCCGUCUCCCCCCGGCCUGGGCAGCGGCUCGGUCAGAUCCGCCUUCCAGCGCCAAGGUUCCAAUGCGGCAGCCGUCCCUGAGCACAGGACCCUCAGGGCCCCGACCACGAUGGCUUUGCCUUCCGCCAGCAGCUCCCACGCCGCCGUGGCCCCCCCUCCGGAACACGGCGCUUCGGCGCACGUGGCGAGGCCGAGCGCGCGGCCCCACCCUCUGUACGCCCCCUACGGAUCCGAGUCGGCGCUCGGCCAGUGGAGCGGCCCGGGUCCCAGCCAGUACCCGCAUCCUCCGGCGGCGGCGGCGGCCCGUCACGUGGCUGGCGAGUACAGCGGAGCCCACAGCUACACCCCUGGCAACAUGGUGGACUGGGGGCAGCAUCCGCUCUUCUCCUUCCCCUGCUGGAGGUCGAACCCCAGACCCUGAGGAGCGACAGUGUGCACGCCUCACCUUCCCACCCCCAGUGACACACAAUACUUGUGUACAUAAGCCAGGAAUACCAUAUUUUUACUUUGUUUGUGUCUUUACUACUGAAUGCUAUGGGCUUUUUUUUUCUUCAUAAUUAUCAUUAUAGCCAAUGGAUCUUUUUCC